AUGAACGUCGUGUCUGAGCUUCGGCCCUACGCAAGCAGUGCCGUCCAGAGCCUUUGGCGACACCGUCCCCGCAUCGCUACCGUGCAAGAGAUGCUGCAGGACAAGAGGCAAUGGCUGUGGCAACGGUGGCAGCACAAGUUGAACACGCGCGAGGCGUCGGUGGCGCUGCUGCCUCCUCAUCCCCAUAGCGUCUCGCCCCCUCUCCACGCGGCCUCAACCACCGAGAGCUUGGGCGACAUCAAGACCCAUCUGCAGCUGCUGCACGCCGCUCUGGACGAUCUCCAGCAGAAAGGAGAGCGGUGGGACGACAACGUGGGCCGUCUGCAAGGAGCUCUACGAGACGUCCGAACGUGUUGCAGUGCAGCGCGAGAUCGGUGCACGGCGUGCGCACGGCCGCCGCCGGUGGCCCCGUCGGGGCGACAAUCGUGCAACAUCCAGUCCAAGCGCGCAGUCGCGCGACGCGGCGCGUGUCCGAACACGUUGUUGCUGCUGCACGUGGAUCGACUCGACGUGCCAAUGGACGUGGCCAAACUGCCGACUGCUGUACAAGACUGCAGCGCUGCGCUCUUGGACCGACUUGUCAAAGCUGUGGACGACGGCAGCUCACUGAGCUCCUCCUCAAGCAAGCGACAACUACAUGUGCCUCAGGUGCCGUCCGAUAUCAAUCGUUUCGACUCGGAGGGCCCAGGGAAGCAAGUGCAACUGGAAGUGCAAGACGGCUUGAACGCCCUCCAGCCACAAACAAAGAUGGGACACAGCAUUGCCCGCAUGUAUCAAGUGCUCGCUCGAGACGACUGA